CAGAAAUUAGCUGUUGAGUGACUAACUCGUAUCGUAUCACGAACCGUGGUUUUCUAGAAUCUCUCUUCUUUUUAUUCGAGGUUAUCAUCACAACAACAAGUUAGCUUUAGACGCUAACCUCUGAAAGAUACGAAGACAAGAAUCGCCAUAAGUAUAGCAGAAAAAAUACAGUCCAGAGAUGCCAAGUUCCAAGGAUACGGAGACGCCCCUGACCAAGGCAGAGUCCAUCGCGUUAACGCCAGCCUUUGGUUUAGUUGCGCUCACCAUAGUUAUAGGAAACUCUGUGACUAUCGCUGCUUUUACUAAAACAAGCCUUAACCGAAGGCCAACCCAUUAUUUUCUCAUCUCCCUCGCAGUGGCUGAUUUGAUGGUUGGAGCACUAGCAAUGCCACUUUAUAUCUUCCACUUUGUAAAUUCAGAUUUGUGGAGUAAAAGUGAAGUUAUUCAAACUAUCUAUUACAGUUGUGACGUUGUAUCUGGCAUGGCGUCUGUUUUCACCUUAGCAGUCGUAUCUGUGGAAAGACUGUAUGCUGUUGGUUGGCCAUGGAAGUAUCGUCACUACACUCCGCUGAAGUGUUACAUAGUGGCGGUAUCGGGCACCUGGAUCUUGGCAGUCGCCAUCUGCUGCCUCUACUUGUUUUUUCGAUUUAAGUUCAUCUCAGGCAUCGUUCACACAGUAACCGUUGCAUCUUUGUCCGUGUCGCUUACAGUCGCCUGCUGCGCCUACAGUGCUUUGUGGCUCCGGAUCAAGUAUCGAAGACGACGUCGAAGAGGUGUUGAAAAGGACAAAAGGCUCGCCAUAACGUUGUUUCUCGUCACAGGGAUUUUCAUCGUGACGUGGAUGCCUUUUGAGGUUAUCAUUAUAAUUGUGCACUUUUGCCGCUAUUGCAAAAACCCCUCUCACAGGCUCGUUUAUGUCAUAAAAUUACUUCAGUAUAGUAAUUCGUUCGUAAACACCCUAGUGUAUUCAUUUCGAAUGCAAGACUUCCGCAGGGCUAUCCUUAAUGUGUUCCGCAACGGUUCUUUGAGUCCUAGGGGCAACAUGCAAGUCAGGAACGUGGCAGGGAUCACUCUGACAUCAGUCUCCAAUCUUGUCAACUCCUGUUCAGCGGUAAAUUUAAACAUCAUAUACGGUGAAAGACAGUUAAAGAGCAGCAAUGGUGCGACAGGGCAUAGAAGAUUAGCAAGCAGGAGAGCUGAUUUAUUUCUGAUGCAUAAAAACGGGAAGUAUUCUCCGUGUAAACUACACGCUGCUGAAAACGUAUGACGAGCUUUGAGAUUUAUCUUGCUAACAGAAUGAGCAUUUUUUUUUCGAUAUUAGUCAGUGCUAGUACAACUUAAAUACUGUGAAGUAAACCAAGCCUCUACGGAUCCUUCUCUUUUAAUAUAUACUUUAAGGCUGAUGAAUUUUUGGAAUGAUAUUAACGGUGCCGAUCGUUGCGUUUAACCAUUUUUUCAAACACUGUUAAAUACUUCUGAUUACCAGCAGUGCUGGUAAAAUAUAACAUCGAA